AGAAAAAUAUAAUCAUUUUGUACGUCUGCAAUUAUCGCAAUUUUAAUAUUGAUAAUCUUUACAAACAAAAGCUACUAUAAACGACUUCUCAGAAGUUAGAAUUCUAAGUUAUCAGUAACUAAAUGUCCUUUCAAUAUGAGGUGAGAAAAAUAAUAAAUAUUCGAUUCAGUAGUCAAGAAUCUUCAGGAAAAAGUCUACUACAUUUGAAAAAAUUAAAAUUUAUGAAAUUUAUAUUAUAUAAUGGAAGCACUUAAUUCUUCGAAUAUUUCCCAAGUGACAAUAUUUAAAUCUUCGAAUAUUGUCCUUGUUGACGUAAUUUUACCUGCUAUUCUAAUAGUCCUCAAUGGAAAAAUUGAUCGUAUUUAUCAAUAUCAAAAUGAAAGUGAAGCAGAAAAAAUUUUAAAUAAUCACAAUGGGACUGUUUAUGAUUUCGGUUCAUUAGUUUUAAUGCCGGGAGUAAUUGAUUCUCAUGUCCACGUGAAUGAACCGGGGAGAACUGAUUGGGAAGGUUUUGCAACUGCAACACGUGCAGCAGCUGUCGGUGGUGUUACAACAAUUGUCGAUAUGCCAUUAAAUUCGAUCCCUCCGACAACAACUUUAGAAAAUUUGAUAGUCAAGGUGAAAGCAGCUGAAGGCAAAACUUCCGUGGAUGUUGGAUUUUGGGGAGGUGUCAUACCUAGAAAUGAGAAAAAUUUAAAGGAUUUAGUGAACGCAGGAGUCGUUGGAUUCAAGUGUUUCAUGUGCCCAAGUGGAGUCGAUGAAUUUCCUUAUGUCCAGGAAAAAGAUAUUAUUUCAGCACUCAAGGAAUUACACUCUUUAAAUUCUCUACUCGCGUUUCAUGCAGAAAUGGAGAGUGAAGGGAAUGUUUCCGAACCGACUGGUAAUCCUAGUUUUUAUUCUACUUUCUUGGAGACAAGACCACCUUCCAUGGAACUGAGAGCACUAGAAGUUGCUACAACUUAUUGCAAAAAUUCUAACACGAGAUGUCAUAUUGUGCAUUUAUCAUCUGCCGAGGGUUUGAAAAUAAUAAAAGAGGCUAAAAGCGCUGGAGUGAAUUUAACAGCUGAAACUUGUCAUCAUUAUCUAAAUAUUGCCGCUGAAGAUAUUCCUAAUGGUGCAACUCAGUAUAAAUGUACUCCUCCAAUUCGUCAAAAAUCUAAUCAGGAUGAACUGUGGAAAGCGUUAAAAGAUAAGGAUUUAGAUAUGGUCGUUUCCGAUCAUUCUCCAUGCACCGAGGAUUUAAAAACACCUGGCAAUUUCCUGACUGCUUGGGGCGGAAUAGCUUCUCUGCAAUUCGAUCUAUCGCUGAUGUGGACUGGAGCAAGGCAGAGAAAUUUCAGUUUAAUAGAAGUGUCAAAAUUACUCUCCGCCAAUCCUGCUAAACUUGUUGGUUUCGACAAAUUUAAAGGCACUAUUAAGGAAGGAAUGGAUGCUGAUUUUGUUAUUUGGAACCCGGAAGAUAAAUUCACAGUAGAAAGGAGUAUUAUUUAUCAUAGGAAUAAGCUGACUCCAUACGAGGGAAGGACAUUAUUUGGAGUAGUUGUCGCCACUGUUGUUCGAGGACAAUUUGUCUACAAUAAAGGUAAAUUCGCAGACGUGCCAAAAGGACAAUUAUUACUGAAUAAGGAGUUUUUAACGAAAAUUAAUUAAUUCGUUUUUUUAAAAUCAAAAAUUACGGAAAUAAAUAAUAAAAACCAAAAAUUCGAAAAUUUAGCUGAAAAA